AAUUAGUUUUCAGCGUGUUGUUUACAAAACAAAACGAAAAAGCACGAAUGCGUAUUUUGGUGACCGUAGACGGAUUUUAAAAACUAAUUUUUUAUGUUUUAAGUUACAAUAUUGAAUUAAGCUUACAAAAUAAGUGAAAAAAGUAGCUAUGGAGCUCGAUGAAUUGAAUGCUCACCAUCAUGCGCUCCACAAUGAACUGGUCUGCAUCGAGUAUCCCGGUCGCGUUCGCAAUCCAGAUCGGAUGAUAGCUUCCUUUGGCGGUCAAGUGCAGCUCAGUACGGCAAUUUGUUCCGACAAGCGUCGCUUGGAACUUCGAUUUCGACCGGAUUCCGUUUAUUCGAAGCCGGCAUUCGGCGAUCGUAAUGAAACUACCGGAAUCCUGCUGAAGUUGAAAAUUCGCCGGAAAAGAAGCGACCUCAGCGAAGUUGAAGUUCGUUCCAUUAAAAUCGCUGGCCAUGUAUCUACUCAGUAUAAGUUCGAGAGCAUGUGCGACUUCCAGCUAUUGCCGGCGUUCCGAAACAGUGCUGGAACCGUAGAAUGUUUGUACGACGAAAUUGUCCCGAGUGGUGUUUCAUCCUCGAAUCCAGUUGAUAAGCCCGGCAAGGUUCCAUUUUUCCUGCCACCGAUUUCAUUCAGCCGGUUCGAUACCACGCAGCUGACCAUUUUCAAAACAAAGGAAAACGUAGCCGAUCUCAUGGGCAGAAGCGAAAGGGGUCGUGCCCGGCGCACCAAACAUGGAAUUUACAAACACUUUAAUCUUACCGAUGAACUCCCUACGGAACCACAUCCGUUAUCCAUGGAAAACAAGACAGCCUUUUGGAAGAUGCACGGUGGUCCCGAAGGGGAAUCCAAUACGCUUAGAACCGUCAGACAAAGCUUCCAAGAUCGGCCCAUUUGGACUAAAACUGCGCUUAAAUGUAUUCUGCAACUAAAUGAAGAAGACAUAAAAUUCAUUCUGCCAAUUGUUGCAUUCUACUUUCUAACAGGUCCAUGGCGAGGAACCUGGUGUCGAUUCGGCUACGAUCCCCGUAAGCACUUUGAGUCGCGUUACUACCAGCUGCUGGAUUUCCGCGUUCGUUCCAUUGGAGCCCUUCAUGAUAAGGUUAAAAUAAAACGAUCGCAAAAACCCACCAAGCCGUGCAUGCGGUCUUCCAACCCACCGGUGAACCUUAAUCGUGGAAAGGACAAUCAAAGUCAAAGCCGACAGCUCAGCUCGAAAACGGAUUGCAUUUUUACCGUGGACACUCAACCACAAAUGCGCAUUAUAUUCUACCAGUACUGCGAUGUACAGGUGCCAGAAAUUCAGCAAAUGCUACAGGACAUGACCGAACCGGUUGCUUGCGACGAAAAAACAGGCUGGCUGCCGCUGCGAUUCGACGAACAGUGUCGAAACAUACUGAUGGGAAUAGUGGUAGCGAAUUUCCGGAAACAAGGAGCACCCAGCGCCAAUACCAGUGCUAGCGAGUUUGAAGAAACCGAAGGGGACGAGACGGAGAUGACGUUCGAUGAGGAUGAAGACAUGGACGAUUUCGACGAUUCGGGCGAUGAGAAGUUUAACACGUUUGGCGAGAGUUCCAAAAUGGAAAUGGCUGAAUAAACAGCAAAGCAGUGACUUUGAAAAUACUUUUGAUUGGUUGGAAAA